CCAGUGAGUGUAUGGAGGGAAUGUGAUGGAGUUACAAGGGAUUUUUUUUUUUUUUUUUCAAUUAAAACCAGCAUACAAUUUAAGCCAUAAAUUAGAGGUGAUAAAUGAGAUCUCUGCUGAAGUACCACUCGACAGUCGACACUGCCCACUCACUCAAGUGUCCAAACUCAGACAGCAAAACACUUAUUUGAAUAGAGAAUUGCAGUGGAAGAUGGCUUCUCUGACCGUGACCGCUGCAAGAACGCCUAUUCAACCAGACAGAAAUGAAGUCUAUGUAGCUUCGAUGCCUCUCAGAGCUGCAAAGGGCCCUGCGCAGUUGCUUAUGUCUGCGGCUUACUCUCUCAAUCUCAGGGAUUUACAGCACUAUUUGGUCAUCAUCAGACCCAUUUCACCUUCUCAACCUCAGGCCUUUGUUUUUGAUUUUCAACCUCAAGAUCCCGAGAAUAUAUAUGUAGCUCUUGCAGCCCUAUCUGGUAGAGGAGUACCAGGUGAACCUAUUAUGUUUCUUCCAACUUUCGUACUAUUUCCUAAUCCACAAAUUAUUAGUUUAUUAGGAACUGUUCUUGUGAGAAAGCUGACAAAGCUACCCAAAACAAAGUGCUGGUUCAUUGGGUUUUCCUACGGGGAUAGUAUACAGAAAGCUAACAAAUUCAAUGAAAUCUGGCAAACUGAGCUGAGCAUCGGUCAACAUGAUUGUCGUGAUUACACAAAUGGUUUGGUUGAGAACCUUACAGGUGAGGAACAAGUGUUGAAGCGUCUAAGAGGAAGCCUGGCUGAUUGAGAGUUUGUGCAUGCAGUUCAUUGUCUGUGUUCACCAGGAACAUAUACUGUAUCUAUUGCCAGAAUCAGUGUACAUAUCUAUGCAUCUGAUGAUACAAAAGCACUCUUCAAUGUAUAUCUUUUUUGCAGUAGUUCUCAAUUAUGGGAAAAUUUGUUCUUUGUCACAGGAAAAUGUUAUCUUAUGAUGAGCAAUUCAUGUUUCCCAGUUACAAUAAAAGAAGGUAGUAUCAUUAUCUGAUUGUUUA